AUGCCUCCAACUCCGGAACAAGCGAGUUAUUUAACUACAUUGGAGGAUGUUGCGGCUAUGUUAACUAAAACUCAGACUAACCUUAAGAAAUGUCCUAAGGCGAGACUUACUCAGGGAUACAUUAAGGCGCGUUUACAAUGUAUUGAAGAUUAUUGGAAGACAUUCAAUGAGGCUAAUCAAAGUCUAACGAAGAUCACACCACGGGAACAACGCGGCAUAUUACCGUACUUCCUUAAUGAAGAAUAUUUCACAUAUGAAGAUCUUUACCUGUGCAUCAAGGCGGACCUGUUAGACUUGUUGAACAAAUUAGAACAGGCGAAGAGACAACCUGAGCAGCCCUCCAUGGAUACUUCAGACUUAGCAUUAUCCUGUGUGAAGUUACCUAGAAUACAAAUACCGUGUUUCUCGGGCAAAUAUGAUGAAUUUCCGACUUUUGAAGAUUUGUUUACAUCUCUCGUACACAACAGCACUUCUUUAUCUAACGUACAGAAGCUGCAUUAUUUGAAGACUAGUGUAUCGGGGGAAGCGGAAUCAUUAUUACGUCACAUCAACAUAACCGAGAGUAACUAUCAACAAGCGUGGGAUAUGCUGAAGGGUCGUUACGGAAACAAAAGAUUAGUAACAACAUCACUUCUUAAACGAUUAUUUAAUCAAAAGAAGAUCGUUAAUCAGUCUGCGCCCCAUAUCAAAUCACUGAUGGAUACGACCACUGAGUGUUUAAAUAGCCUUGAGAACCUUAGUGUAAAAACAGACUCCUGGGACCCGAUGAUAGUGUUUCUAGUGGUUCAGAAGUUAGACAUGCAAACACACAAAGAGUGGGAGGAGCAUGCUUAUAGCGAAAACACUGAUGAGCUCCCCAAAUGGAAUCAAUUACAAAAGUUUCUUCAAUCAAAAUUCCGAACAUUAGAAAUGAUCGCUCCUACGUCACAAACAACAACAAAAGAUAGAGUGACCCCACACAAAUCAUUCCACGUUAUGACAAAUCACAAGGAAGAGAGUAACGCUCGCUGCGACAAUAUAAAACCAAACACGCAAGUUUCAUGUACCUUCUGCAACGGAACCCACUACCUGUACAAUUGUAAAGAGUUCUCUAAACUGACAGUUGAAGAUAGACAUCAAUUCGUACAGAAAAGUAACUUGUGCUUCAACUGCCUCAUUCCAAACCACACUGUGUUCCGGUGCAAACAAAGAACGUCUUGUAGAAUUUGUAGAAGAAAACAUCACUCACUGCUACAUAAAGAAAAUAGAACAAAUAUAGAAAAUAACAACACACCAAGUAGAACAGAGACAACUGAAAGUCAAGAAGAUACAGAUAACAACAUUACGUCACACUACUCAAGACAAGAAACAACUAACAGAACAGUUUUGUUAGCUACAGCACUGAUAGACGUGGUAUCAAGUUCUGGAGAGUCACACGUCUUCCGUGCGCUCAUCGAUCAAGGUUCAGAGGCUUCCUUUGUGACAGCACGAGCCUCAGAGUUGUUGGGACUUAAGAAAACAAAAAUCAAUGGCACAGUAUCUGGUGUGGGAGAAAGAAAACAUGAACUCAAGCACAAAGUCAGUCUGUCAGUGUUAUCUGAAUCCAAACUGCCUAUCCCUGUCGAUGCCUACGUUCUGAAAACGAUAUCAUCUACGCUUCCAGCAAAGAAAGUUAACAUAAACUGGCCUGAACUAAAAUCACUGAAGUUGGCUGAUCCUACAUGCCAUGUACCGGGUAAAAUUGACAUACUACUCGGUGCUGACAUAUUUUCAAGCAUCAUAGAAGAAGGAUUAGUCAGAUUACAAGAUGGACUUAUAGCACAAAAGACGUGUCUUGGGUGGAUAUUGUCAGGAAGAACAAACAAUACACAAGGAACACAUCCCAAAAUAACAAGUUUAUUAGUAAGAGAAAACAAUGAUUUAUUGAGACAGUUUUGGGAAAUAGAAACAGACUUAUACAACAAAAAGAAGAUCCUGACAAAAGAAGAAGAAGAGUGUGAAACAAUAUACAAAAAUACAACAAAGAGAGAUGAAGACGGUAGAUAUAUUGUGCACCUACCAUUAAAACAAACAAUAGAAGAAACGAUACAAACGGUAGGAGACACAAAACAACAAGCAAUCAAAAGAUUUAUACAAUUAGAAAGAAAACUUGAGAGAAACAAGAACCUGAAAGAACAAUACAAGAAAGUGAUAGAUGAGUAUAUUGAUAUGAAUCAUAUGAAAAAGAUUGAAAAUGAAGAAGACAACAAACUAAUAUACUUACCACACCACGCAGUAAUCAGAGAUGAUAAAGAUACAACCAAGGUCCGAGUGGUAUUUGAUGCCUCGGCUAAGGGAUCCAAUGGACAAUCGUUGAAUGAAACCAUGAUGGUUGGACCAGUAUUACAACCUGACCUGCGCAGCCUCAUUAUAAGUUGGAGAAAACACAAGGUUUGCGUAGUGGGUGAUAUAGUGAAAAUGUACAGAAUGGUGAAGACUGCAGAUGAUUUCACAAAUUUGCAAUGCAUUGUGUGGAGAGACAACCCAGAUGAAGAUAUAGAAAGCUACAAACUCACGAGAGUCACAUUUGGUACGGCUGCAGCCCCAUACCUUGCAGUACGUACAUUGAACCAACUAGCUGAUGAUGAAGGUCACGAACAUCCAGAAUACACAGCUGCGACGAAUGCUAUAAAGAAUUGCUUCUACAUGGAUGAUCUAAUGACAGGACAUGAUGAUGUCGAAGAAGCAAAACAGUUAUGCCAAAAUAUCAAGGAGAUAUUGAGAAAGGGAGGAUUCAUAAUGCAGAAGUGGUCAAGUAAUGAAGAAGAAUUACUAAAAUUUCUAAAAGAAGGAGAUGAUACGAAAGACACAAUAGAAAUAAAGCUUGACAAAGUUAUAAGAAUUCUUGGUCUGACAUGGGAUAGAAAGAAUGACAACUUCAAUGUCACAGUCAACUUACCUGAUGCACCCCAUCCAAUAACGAAGAGAUCCAUUCUCUCAGAUGUUGCUCGUCUAUUUGAUCCAUUCGGUUGGGUUUCACCAGUCGUCAUCACAGCCAAGAUAAUGAUACAAAGAUUGUGGCUUAGCAAUCUCAGUUGGGAUGAUGAACUGCCCGUUGACUUGUGUGAAGAAUGGCUAAAAUACAGAGAAGAUCUUACUGACCUGCGAAUGAUCGAAAUCCCACGUUGGCUGCAAACAACUCCUCGCUGUAAAGAAGUCCAGAUCCACGGGUUCGCUGAUGCAUCCAGCUCAGCAUAUGCUGCAGUAACUUACCUCAGAGUGGUUGAUGAACAUGACGUCGUACAUGUCACGAUGAUAGCAUCCCGAACGAAGGUGGCUCCUAUAAAACAACUAUCAAUUCCAAGAUUGGAACUAUGUGCUGCUGUGAUGUUGUCUGAACAGAUAGCUGAUGUGUCACAAUUAUUAGAAGUGUCACAAGGCAACAUAUUUGCAUACACCGAUUCCAUGGUUGUACUAGCGUGGCUCCAAGCUCAUCCAAAUCGCUGGAAAACAUUUGUCGCUAAUAGAGUCGCAGAGAUUCUAAGAAUUAUAGACAAUGAAAGAUGGAGACAUAUUACAACAAAUGAAAAUCCAGCAGACAUCGCUAGUCGUGGUAUCAGAGCAGCUGACUUACCUGAUUACAGAAUUUGGUGGAACGGGCCUGAAUGGCUAAAGUCAAACGACAUAGAAUAUGUUACAAAUACAGUACCUGCUACAGAUUUAGAAGAAAAGAGUUCAUUUUAUACAAGACAAGACAAGACACACGAAGAAGAAAGUCCAAUUUGGGAAAGAUUUUCCAAUAUAACUAGAAUGAAGAGAGUGCUCGCUUUAUGUAAGAGAUUUUCGAAGCCAAAGGGAAAGGAAAACAAAGAUGUUAACAUAACAGCAGAUGAAAUGGAAGAUAUAUUGCAAGCAUGUAUAAGAUAUUAUCAGAAUGAAGUAUAUGGAAAAGACAUAGAAGACCUAAAGAAGAUGGGAAAGGUUAAAAACAAGAGCUCGUUGAUCACACUUUCACCGUUCUUAGAUAAGAAUGGCAUAAUGAAAGUUGGAGGACGUUUACAAAACGCUGAGAUAGCAGAAACGGCUAAACACCCAAUAAUCAUCCCCAAAGGUGUACACAUUACAAAUCUGAUAAUGAGAGAAGCACACAUUAAGACACUCCAUGGUGGCAACCUAUUGAUGAUGACAUACAUCCGCAGUAGAUACUGGAUUAUUGGCUUGAAAGCAGCAGUGAGAAACCACGUACGUAGCUGCAAAACCUGCAUAAUUGACAAGGCUAAAGUAAGAAAACUGCUUAUGGGACAGCUGCCUGCAGUAAGAGUACGCCCCCACAGAGCAUUUUUGAACAGUGGCGUAGAUUAUGCUGGUCCAGUACAUAUAAGAAUGUCAAAGGGUCGUGGUCAGAAAACCAUGAAGGCAUACAUAUGCUUGUUUGUAUGCAUGGCAACACGAGCUAUACAUCUUGAAGCUGUUACGGACUUAACAGCCCAAGGAUUCAUGAGUGCAUACCGCCGUUUCGUGGCGAGGCGAGGACAUUGCGCUCAUCUAUGGAGCGACAACGGGACCAACUUUGUCGGCAGUGCUAAAGAGUUGAAGGUGCUGUUCGAAGAGGGCAAGGCUAACAUGAGUACGCAAGUCGCUGAACUACUGGCUAAUGAUGGCACAACUUGGCAUUUCAUACCACCGAGAAUGCCAAACUACGGAGGACUCUGGGAGGCCGGAGUCCAGUCAGCGAAAAGACAUCUUACCAGAGUGAAUGGUGAUACAAAGUUGACCUAUGAAGAGAUGGUAACUUUACUGGCACAGAUAGAGGCAUGUCUGAAUUCGCGUCCUCUGUGUCAGCUGGACAAUACACUAGAUACCCUGACACCCCUCACACCUGGACAUUUUCUUGUUGGAGAGCCCCUGAUCACUGUCCCAGAUAUGAACUACGAAGACAAGAAUGUCAACCUAUUGACCAGAUGGCAAUUAAUUCAAAGAUUGACUCAAGAUUUCUGGCGUCGAUGGCAAAAUGAAUAUUUAAACACGUUGCAGCAAAGAUACAAAUGGCAAGAGAGAGUACCGGCGCCUAAAAUCGGAGAUAUUGUUGUCAUAAAACAAGAUGAUUUACCACCUACUAAAUGGCUUCUAGGAAUCAUAAAAAAUGUCCACCCCGGAGCAGACAAUCUAGUUCGAGUUGUAACUGUACAAUGCAAGGGACAAACAGAAGUGAAGAGGCCCUUAUCUAAAUUAAUAUUGUUACCUAAUUCAGAAAACUGUUAG